AUGCAUGCUUCUAAUGAUCUACUUGAGAAUGUUUUGUUGAAUGAGAAUGAGGUAGGUGAUCAAAAGGAGAUGCAAUUAUAUGAGGAAAUGCUUGAUGAGAAAGAAGAGACAACCCCCGACCAAGAGAUGCCCCAACCGUAUGAAGUCUUCCAAGUAGAAGAGGAGGAAAUCUCCAAUGGUAAGGUAGCUCCGAAGGUAGAAUUGAAACCUCUACCUUCGGGCUUGAGGUAUGUCUUUUUGGAUGUUAAUGAUACUUUUCCGGUCAUUAUCAAUGCUAACCUCACGGAAGAGCAAACCUCCUCAUUGCUUAAUGUUUUGAAAAUGCAUAGGAAGGCUUUGGGUUAUACUCUUGAUGAUCUCAAAGGUAUAAGCCCCUCCCUAUGCAUGCAUAAGAUCGAUUUAGAGGAGGGUGCUAAGCCGUGUAGGCAACGACAAAGGAAACUUAAUCCUUCCAUGCAAGAGGUUGUGAGAAAGGAAGUUUCCAAGCUACUUGAAGCAGGGAUCAUCUAUCCAAUCGCUCAUAGUGAUUGGGUAUCCCCGGUUCAAGUAGUGCCGAAAAAGGGAGAAAGGUGUGAGAGUGCCAACUUGGUGCUCAAUUGGGAGAAAUGCCACUUCAUGGUGGAAAACGGCAUUGUUCUUGGCCAUAAAAUCUCCCAAGUGGGCAUCGAAGUCGAUGGUGCGAAGGUUGAUGUGAUCGAGAAGCUUCCUCCUCCCACAAAUGUUGAAAAAGGCCCUUUGCACCGCCCCCGUAGUCCGAGGACCGGAUUGGUCUCUACCAUUCGAGCUAAUGUGCGAUGCAAGCGACGGGGCCAUUGGAUCGGUUCUGGGACAAAGAAAGGAUGGGAAACUUCACGUUAUAUACUAUUUGGUCCAAGACUCUCAAUGAUGCCCAACGAAAUUAUACAACUACCGAAAAAAGAGUUUUUGGCGGUUAUCCACUCAUUUGAGAAGUUUAGAACCUACCUCAUUGGUUCUAGGACAAUAGUGUAUACCGAUCACUCGGCUCUCAAAUAUUUGAUAAGUAAGAAGGAGGCCAAACCGAGGUUGUUGAGAUGGGUGUUGGUCCUUCAAGAUUUUGAUUACGAAAUGAGAGAUAAGAAGGGAGCCGAGAACGUGGUGGCGGACCACCUCUCUAGGUUAGGAGCUGCAAGAAUACAUGAAGACGAUUUGCCAAUUGAAGAUGCCCUAAUGGAUGAUGUCUUAUAUGCUCUUGAGGCAAAAUCGGAGCCUUGGUAUGCGGAUAUUGUGAACUACUUGGCUUGUAGUGCCAUACCUCCGGAUUUCACUCCUCAACAACAUAGAAAGCUCAAGCAUGAAGCAAAGAAGUAUAUAUGGGAUGACCCCAUGUUGUUGAAGAGAGGGGUGGAUGGACUCUUGAGAAGAUGUGUUCCUAAUGAAGAAUUCCAAGAUGUGCUCUCAAUGUGCCACUCAUCCCCUUGUGGUGGUCAUAUGAGUGCUCAAAAGACCGCUUCCAAGGUUUUGCAAUGUAUGCUCUUUUGGCCGUCUCUAUUCAAAGAUGCUUGGCAAUUUGUUAAGACUUGUGAUAGGUGCCAAAGGACAGGGAACAUAUCACGGCGCGAUGAGAUGCCCCAAAAUCCUAUUCUUGAACUUGAAAUCUUUGAUGUUUGGGCAAUUGACUUCAUGGGCCCUUUCAUCUCAUCCCAAGGAAACCGGCACAUUCUAGUUGCCGUUGAUUAUGUCUCCAAAUGGGCGGAAGCCGUGGCAUCUCCCACCAACGACUCAAGGGUGGUCAUCAAUUUGUUCAAGAAAGUCAUCUUCCCAAGAUUCGGUGUUCCUAAGGCAAUCAUAAGUGAUGGAGGCUCACACUUCAAGCACCAUGCAUUCAACAAGCUUCUUUCAAAGUACGGUGUAUCUCACAAGCGAGGCCUUGCUUACCACCCCCAAACAAGUGGUCAAGCGGAGGUCACAAAUAGGGAGUUAAAAGUCAUCUUAGAGAAGACUGUUGCUAGAACAAGGAAGGAUUGGUCCAAGAUGGAGCACCGAACGCAUUGGGCAAUCAAGCAAAUCAACUUUGAUCUCCACAGUGCGGGUGAGCAAAGGCUUCUAGAGCUUCAUGAGUUGGAAGAGCUGAGAAUGAAUGCAUAUGACAGUGCAAGCCUCUACAAAGCAAGAACCAAGGCAUGGCACGAUGCUCGAAUUUCCAAGAAGGAAUUUGUGGAAGGACAAAAGGUCCUGCUCUACAAUUCAAGACUCAAGCUCUUCCCCGGGAAAUUGAGAUCUAGAUGGAGCGGUCCAUUUCAAGUGUCCAAAACCUUUCCUUAUGGCUCGGUUGAGAUUUUCAAUGACAAGUACCCUCCAUUCAAAGUGAAUGGGCAGCGUCUCAAGCCAUACUAUGAGGGUCAGCUAAUUGAGAAGCCAGAAAAUUUAUCUCUCAUUGAUGUUUCCAAAUCACCAUGA